AUGACCGGCCAUGCGUGCCCCUGGCUCACCUCCCUCGACGAGGACGUCGAGGCCUACGUCCGCUCUGUCGCUGAGGACGCCGAAAGCGACUCGGACCUCGACGGCAUCGUGGAUCUCCUCGCCGCUCAUGGCAUCGGCACCGAGGGGUCAGAGGACAUACGAGCAGAGGCCUGCGCGAACAGCGGACGCGGUGGCGACGUCAGCAGCUGCAGCAGCAGCGGUGGCGGCGGCAGCGGCUCCGGCCGCAGCAGCAGCCGCAGCAGCGGCCGCAGCAGCGGCCGCAGCUGCUGCGCCAGCGGUGCUAGCCCCACGGGCGGCCGCUCCCUCACGGCGCCGCUGGCGCCGCCGACGCCGAGCACGGCCGAGCUGACGCUGCUCGAGGUUGUGCCGGCCGCCAGCGCGGCGCUGGCGAGGCACGUUCUGCGGUGCGAGGGAGGCGACGUGCAGGCGGCGAUAGAGGUCCUGCUCGGCGGCAGCCUCGAGACGCUCGAGGAGGAGAUGCGGGCUGAGCAGCUGCGCGCGGCGCAGCUGGAGGUGGCCGCCGCCGCGCAGCAGCAGCGGCAGCGCAAGGUGGACCGCCGUCGCGUGCUCGGGCGGUACGACGCGCAGCGCGAUUUUGACGCGGAGGGCGGGGCGCCUCCGCCGCUCGAGCCGCCGCGGCUGCCGUACGCGCAGAGCCGCAAGGAGGCGGUUGGGGGCAACCGGACGAUGUACCGCGACGGCGAGGCGGUCUAUGUCAAGGGGAACCCGAAGCAGGAGAGCAAGUGGGAGAAGAAAGAGGAGUGGGACGGCGGCUCGACCGGCCGCGUCAAGACCAAGGGCAAGCGCGGGCCCGGCUGGAGGUAA